UCGACACCCAGUCUAGAGAGAACAACUAAAAACGUACAAAAUUAUUGCCAACAUCAACUAAAAUUUAAAACUAUAUUUUUUUCAUUACAUUCGUUUAUUUUCCAAACAACAAGCUAUGCCGAAAUAUCCGAGCCCAAACAAAAGGGACCGCAAUUCCCGUGGCGAAGUACCGUCGGUCCGGGGAAAGCAGGUCGAAAUCCCUGUAAAAGAGGCAGUCGCCACCUCGAGUCCUCGCAUUCUCGAAGAUUGUGAUAAAGAAAACGCCUCCUCGAAACGGGCCAACCGCAGUCAACGGCCAGGUCAAUCAAAAAAGCCAAAGGGUUCUCUAAAACGUCUCAACUUUAAGAAAUCUGACAAAUGCGUUGCUAAACGAUCGACUAUAUUGAUGGCCCUGCAGCAGAAUGAAAGUCUUGGUGACAUCGUAUCGGAAAGGUCACCCGAGCCCUAUAAAUCGGUUAUUUUGAGAAUGAUGAUGAGCCUGGGAAGAGGAGUGUUUGGCUUCAUAAGGAAGAGCUCCCCAAUAAAUCUUUACAAUGCUGAGCCUGCGGCGGAGAAUACUUCUGAACUGAUGCCGCAGCAGUCUGGAUCUCAGGAAGGUGAUACUGCAAAUUUAGGGCAAUUGCCUCUGGAGGAGAAUCCUCCUGUUCUAAUGCCACAGCAGUCUGGAACCCAGAGAGCCAAAAGAGUAGAUGAAGAUUCGGCUAAGAUACCAUCUCGCAAUGCUUUGAAUGAUGUGCAUGACACAAAGCCGUUUUCGUAACCAGUUAUCUAGUUUGCAGUUAAUAAGGGACUCGCGAUAAAAUCACUAUAUCCUAUAAUAAAACAAAUACCUACUGCAUUUAUUA